AUGGGCCAAUUACUUUCUCAUCCAUUAACAGAAAAGACGAUUAUCUACAAUGAUUACCAAACGAGCGGGCACAAGUUAAGCCUUCGUCAUGAUACACAUCAGGAAGUUGAGAUUCCUAGGUUUUACAAUUGUGUUGGCUCUAUGCAAGGUUAUAGAUUAACUCAAGAAGAUGCCCAUCUGGUUAAAACGGGUUCAGAAUCCCUAAUUGUAUCAUUUCAUGAUCCGUUUAUUGGUAAAGUGGUAAAGUAUCAGAUAUCGAUUUUUGCUGUUUUUGACGGACAUGGAGAUAACAAUUGUUCCAAUUAUCUAGCUGGAUCGUUGUAUGAACACACACAUCCACAAGCCCACUCGACCACUGAUAGAAUUUUGACAGAACAUGAUGGUUUAAUAUACUUCAUCAAGUUAGCAUUUGAAUCGCAUAAAUACACUUCGUUUAGCAGACCGGAUGGGAACAAGAGGCAAUUUAGAACUUUGGAAGGGUUGAUCUGUCAAGUCAUUAAAGAUUCCUUCAAGGCGUGUGAUGCUGCAUUCCAUAAACACUUUGCGAACGAAGCAUCAGGGUCAACAGCAAUCGUUGCCCUACUCAUAAACGGAUCAAUGCUCUAUGUGGCGAAUACUGGUGAUUCUCGUUGCAUACUUUCUAAAAAGAAUAAAGCUAUAAAGCCAAUGUCAUAUGAUCACAAACCACAGCAUAUAGGAGAACUGAUAAGAAUAAACGAUGACGGGGGAACGGUUUCACUUGGAAGAGUGGGAGGCGUGCUUGCACUCAGUCGAGCUUUCGGAGAUUUCCAGUUCAAAAGGAAUGUGAAAUAUCAGAACCUCAAUACCCUUGCCGUCAGCAGCAAGAGGAAAUACAUCCCGGCAGAGGAGGCUCAGGUUACAGUAGAACCGGAUGUGCUUCCGCACGCCAUCGAUCUGUCACAAGAUGAAUUUUUAGUCUUAGCAUGCGAUGGAAUAUGGGAUGUAUACUCGAACAAAGCAUUGGUGAAUUUCAUCAAAUAUCAUUUGACACUCGGUCUAAAGUUGGAUAAUAUCCUCGCAAAGAUAUUAGACCAUGGAAUAAGCUGCGCAGAUUCGAAUACAGGGGUCGGAUUUGAUAACUUCACAUUGAUCGUGGUUGUUUUACAGCAACCAGGAGAGACUUUAGAUGAGUGGUAUGCAAGAAUCAAAUCCAGACUGGAAAGAGAAAAAGGUCUGUUAUAG